AUUGAAAUAAUCAUUUAAGAAUUCAGAUGAAUAAAACACAAUAAUCUCUUCACUAGCUAAUAUAAAAUAAGAGAGAUUAAUUAAGAGAAAUACUUAGGUAAAAUGAUUAAAGAAAAGUUUUUGAAGAAAAAAGAACUUAAAAUUAAUAGAAUUCCAAAAGCUCAAUCAUCUCAUUUGAUUCUAAAAUUACAAUAAGAAGAAUAGAAGAGAUUGAUUCAGAAAGUGAUUAAAAAGAAGAAGAAAUAAUAAGACUAACAAAAUUUAAGACUUAAAAAAAUUUAACAUUCAAUUACUUGAACUAGAUAGUUGAAUAUCUUGAUAGAAUGCCAUCAUCUUAUUAAAUAUCAAGAAUAUUUUAUUUUUGUGAAGAAGCACUUUUAGAUAAGAAAUUAAUUAGUUCACAAUUAGUGCCUAUUUUAACAGAAAUUCUUUUUAAGUUAAUAAAGCAUAAACAUGAAAUUCUGAUUUGUUAAGUAUUCUUUCUAUCAAUAUUUUUAGCCAAUAUUUUUACUAUUUAAUGCUUUUUAACUUCAUUAAGACUAUGUAAUUUUAUAAUACAUUAAAAUGUAUCUUUUAAACAAUCAGAAAGAAAAAUAAUAGAUUAUUAACUAUUUACAAUAGCCAGAUAUUCCUUUUGAAGAAAAUUUAUUAAGAAUUAUAAGCAUUAAUGAAAAAUAUGUAAAAAAUAUUUAAAUUAUUAUAGGCAAACUUCGAAAUGAUGCUAUUUUUAUGUGAAACAAUUAGGAAUUAAGAAUUUUUUUAAGCAAUUGAGUUUUAUGGAGCAAAAAUUUUAUGUGAAUAAAAUAGACAUAAAAAAGAAUACAAAAAAGUUAUUUUAAAGAUAUUAUAAAUAACUGGUUGGGAAUUAGAAUUAAAUGAAGAUAUUAUAUCGAAGGAUUAAGAAGAAAACUAAUAAAAUAAUUGA